AUGCAAUCAAAACUGCGCCUGGCCCGAGUUCUGUCACUCGUGGUGGUGACCGGCGUGAUCAGCCAGCAUCGUUCCUUCAGGGAGCUUCGCAUCGUGAUGCUUUCACUCACGGUGGCGGUCAAGGCCAUGUUAUGGUCCAGCCUGCUGGUCUUCAUGAUCCUCCUCAUCUUCGGCACCGUCCUGUCCGAGGGAGCGCUCGCCUUCCUGACGCGGGACCGGCCGCCCAGGGCGGGGGCACUGGACGAGUCACUGGAGCCCCUGGGGGCACGAUUCGGCUCGCUGCUCGACGCCGUGCUGACGCUCUUCCAGGUGAUCUCCGGCGGCGUCGAUUGGGAGCUGCCCUGGCAGAGGCUGGGCACGCUCGGGUGGGGAUUUCGAGGUGUGCUCCUGCUGUGCAUCGUCUUCUCCCUCAUCGCCCUGAUGAACGUCGCCACCGCGGUCAUCGAGUGCACGAUGCUACGGUGCAACGCUGACCGUGGGAUGGCGGUGCAGAGCGAGCUCAUCGAAAAGAGGGACUACCUCAUCACCCUGAAAAAGGUUUUCGACGAACUUGAUGACUCUAAAGUCGGUGAUAUUAUACAGGAUCAGUUCGGGAGGCGCAUGGAGGACCCCGAGAUCGGUGCCUAUUUCAGGCAGCGUGGCGUGGACUCCGCCCUGGUGGGUGCAUUCUGA